AUGUCAUCUGGUAACCGAAACUUGUUUGACACGGGGCUCCAAACUCGUCGUGAGGUAGUCGGCAAUGUGUACGUCGAUCGAUCAUUGGAGAAUGGAUCAACAGAGUUCACGUACCCUAAUCAGCAACUGGUAACAGAAUGGUGUUGGGGCAACAUUUGGUCUCGUCCUGGCUUGGAACGCAAGCAACGGAGCCUGUUGAACCUUGGCAUGCUGAUCGCCUUGAAAAGCUGGCCUGAGCUGGGGAUCCACGUUCGCGGGUCAAUUAACAAUGGCCUCUCAGAGUUGGAGAUUCGUGAGGCCAUUCUCCAAGCAUCCAUCUACUGCGGCGUGCCGGCUGGAAUCGAAGCUACAAAGGUCGCCAACAAGACAUUGGACGACAUGGUGGCCAGUGGGGAGUAUAAGAGGACCUUGGCAGGAAAAUCGGACGAUGCUUGA